AUGGGAUUAAGGAAUAUUCAAGCUUCCAAUCGCAAUGAAGAAACUGAUAAUGUUCGGAUGAGGUCUUAUGUCAACGAAAAUGAGGAAGACAUCAUGGAAGAGGAUGAAGAUAUCCAAUUGCAACAGAUCCUAUUUUAUUCUGCGCAAUUACACUCAGGUAAGAACUUGGAAUCAAGUUCUAAUCAUGCUACCGGUAAGAAAGCUGUUGAACCACAUUAUUCUUUUAUUUAUAAAUCAAUUGAAAAAGUAAACGGUAUUUGGGAAAAGGGAGAAUCUUCAUGUUUGUACUGCGACAUCUGUGAAGAUGCAUUUCCGCCAAACACACUAAUUCAGGGCAUUAGUUGUCCACAUUUAUACUGCGAAGAAUGUAUACACAAGUAUAUUGCUAAACAAAUCAACGAAAAUAUUGAAGAAGUUAAGUGUCCUAUUGCGAACUGCAAGAGAACCAUGAGUUUUGAAUUAUUGCUGCCUUAUGAUGUUUAUCAUCGUGUAGAAGAUGCUAAUCGAGAAGCUAAAGUUCUGGCUUUGUCAUAUGCUAUGGAUUGCCCUUAUAUAGAUUGUACGGGAAAAUUGAUUGAUGACAAAAAGAGAUAUUUGAUCAGGGCAUGUCCCAAUUGCUGGAGAAUUUUUUGUGUGCGAUGUCAACAUGCUUGGCAUUGGGGAUUAACAUGUGAAGCGUACAGGCAUAUGCUAGGUCAAAUAAAUUUCAACAUCUGGCAAUCUGGAGGAAAUGUUGUUGAACAUCAACAAGAAGAAGUUCUUAAGGAGGAAACCACAUGCUUUCAAACUUCUGAUUAA